GAGUUUGGUUUGCACUUGGCCGCUAGGUGGCAGCCAUUGUCCGAUAUCACAGAUGACUCCGUUUGUGACCAACCAGCAGACCAACACGUAAACAGUGCGUUCGCCACGCAAUCGGAGUACAAUUUUCUCAACUAAAUCGUUCCUUCAUAAAUUUCAGCAAGAUGGACGUGACGCAAAUGAGUCGGUACGUGUCGCCGGUGAACCCUGCCGUGUUUCCGCACCUGACCUGCGUUCUCAUGGGCAUCGGCAUUUUCUUCACAGCCUGGUUCUUCGUGUACGAGGUCACCAGCAAUAAGCUCAGCCGCUACAUCUUCAAGGAGCUGCUCAUCGCCUUAGUUGCCUCCAUCUUCCUGGGCAGCGGAAUCGUGUUCUUGGCCCUUUGGGUCGGCAUUUACGUAUGAUGAAGAACGAUCGAGGGCUUUGUUGGAUGUGUGUGAGUCAAGAUUCGAAUGUUUGUACGCAGGUCUGCAUGAACCUUUAUUCAUUCCAAGUUUUUGCGAGAUAAAACUGUUUCAAUUGGCACACUAAAAAAAUAAUGGUUCUCUGAAUUUCUUGUUCCGUGUGCUUUGUGUUUGAAUAUCUGGCUGUAAAAAGCAGAAUAAAAUGUUUUUAAUGAAGUCAAAUUAAAA